AUGGGGAAGGACCAGGAGCUGCUCCAGGCCGUGAAGACCGAGGACCUGCUGACAGCUCAGCGGCUUCUACAGAGACCUCGGCCGGGGAAAGCCAAGCUCCUCGGAGCAGCAAAGCGGGUGAACGUCAACAUCCAGGAUGCAGAUGGGUUGGCGCCGCUGCACCAUGCUGCUCUGGGUGGUAACAAGGAGCUGAUCUCUCUGCUGCUGGAGGCCCAGGCAGCAGUGGAUAUUAAAGACAAUAAAGGGAUGCGUCCUCUGCAUUACGCUGCAUGGCAGGGGAAGACUGAACCAAUGAAAAUGCUGCUGAAGGCAGGCUCGUCAGUCAACGGACAGUCAGAUGAAGGACAGAUCCCUCUCCACCUAUCAGCUCAGCACGGACACUAUGAUGGGUCGGAGAUGUUGCUACAACACCAGUCCAACCCGUGUAUCUCUGACUCAGCUGGGAAAACCCCGUUGGACCUCGCCUGUGAAUUUGGUCGCGUCGGAGUGGUCCAGCUCCUGCUCAGCAGUAACAUGUGUGCAGCCAUGCUGGAGCCGAAACCCUCCGACCCCAACGGAGUGUCACCUCUUCAUCUCGCUGCCAAGAAUGGACACAUCGAUGUCAUACGGUUGCUGAUUCAGGCUGGUAUAGAUAUCAACAGACAGUCUGAGUCUGGCACAGCGCUGCAUCAGGCGGCCCUCUGUGGGAAGACAGAGGUAGUGCGCCUACUGCUGGAUAGUGGCAUCAGUGCAGGGGUGAGAAACACUCUGAGUCAAACCGCCCUGGACAUCGUUAACCAGUUCACCACCACGCAGGCCAGCCGAGAGAUCAAACAACUGCUGAGAGAUGCCUCGGCUGCGAUGCAGGUGCGUGCAUUGAAGGAUUACUGCAACAACUAUGACCUUACCAGCCUCAACAUCAAAGCUGGAGACAUUAUUACGGUCUUGGAGCAGCACUCUGAUGGCCGAUGGAAAGGCUGUAUUCAUGACAACCGCACAGGAAAUGACCGUGUGGGCUACUUCCCCUCCAACAUGGUGGAAAUCAUCAAGAGGGCAGGUCACUCCCCCUCCCUGCAGUGCCACACCCUCCUGCUCCGCAGGCCCAACCCCUGUCCCAUUACCACGGUCAACGGACACUCAUACCCCCCCUCCAAAGUCCUCCCCCUGCAUCUGCCUCCCCCUCCUCCCCCUCACCCCAACACACAGUCCCUCCCUCGGUUCUCCUCCUUUGGGUACGUUCCUCUUCCCAUCUCUCCUCCUUCUCUGUCUAUUCCUGCUCUGUCCACUCCUCCUCCUCCUCCUCCUCCUCCUCCUCCUCCUCCUCCUCCUCCUCCUCCUCUUCCUCCUCCUCUCUCCACUUCUCAGGAGCAGCAGAGUCAGACAGGUUCGCGGACUGCAGAGCUCAGUCCUCAAGGGUCUCCAACUCUGGGACAUCAGAGCAGCACCAGUGAGGACAUCUGGGUGCUACGCAAACCACUGGCAGGUGGCGAGCGCAGUGGCAGUGUGGGCAGCAUCGGCAGUGUUCGGUCUACCAGCAGCUUGCAGAGCUCUGGAAACACACAUGUCCUGACCACCCCUGUGCCCAGUCCUCACCCGGCACCCACAACUGGAGUCAACACACACGGCCUUAAUGCUCCAGGCCUGCACGCACAAUCUGAAGGGGUGAAGCUCCUGGCCACCGUGCUGUCCCAGUCGGUCAAAGCCAAGGAGCAUCUGUUGGAGCAGUCGCAGUCUGUUGAGCAGUCAGCGAGCUCCUCCAGUUGCACAGUUCAUGAGCAGAGGUCCUUUGAGCGGAAGGCAGAAGAGGAUGAUGGGAAAAAGCAGGCAGUAGUGGCGUGGCUGGGUGAGUUUCAGCUGCAGUUCUACACCACCCACUUCCUCACCGCGGGAUAUGAUCUAGACACCAUUAGCCGCAUGACCCCCGAGGACCUAACGGGAAUCGGGGUCAUGAAGCCUGGACAUCGAAAGAAGUUAACAUCAGAGAUCAGCAAGCUGCCCUCCACAGACUGGCUGCCAGACCACAAGCCUGCCAAUCUGGCAGACUGGCUGACUCACCUGGGUCUCAGUCAGUACUACCAGGUUCUGGUGCAGAAUGGGUAUGAAAACAUUGACUUUGUCUCCGACAUCAGCCUUGAAGAUCUGCAAGAGAUAGGAAUUACAAAACUCGGCCAUCAGAAGAAGCUGAUGUUGGGAGUAAAAAGACUGAAGGAGCUACAAAGAGGAGAAAGAAGCUCCGAGACUCCUCAGAGCCCCUCUUCACCUCCACCCAGCCCGGGUGGCAGCUCCGGCUCAGAGCCUCGGAAGGAGGUGAGGAAGCAGAGGGACGGUGGCCCCAGCCCGCUGGCCAAACCACGCCCGGGUCUCACACAUCAACAGACCCCUCCCCACACACCGACGCAAACCCCACCACAAACCCCCCCACAUGGCCGGACCCAGCAGGCUUCACCCAGGGCUCGGCCGCGUCCCUCCACACAGAUGGCGGCAACAGACCCGUCAGUGCCGCUGCUCCGCCUGCCCAGUGAGGAGGAAGAGCGACGGAGGACUCACAGUCUAAUUGGCUCAGAAUCAGACUCUAGAUACGCCACUGUAUGCCGCAGCAGCUCCGCACAUAUUGCCCCUAAUGAUGUCACUGUUAACCGCAGCCAAUCAUCUGUCACCCUCCGUCCCCGACGGAAAGGUCGGCCCCCGACACCACCCAAACGGUCCUGUUCUUCCAUCACCGGGGGUGACGGGGAGGGAGAGGGACAGGUGGAGGGGCUACUCGGGCUGCCAACCUAUCGAGAGCGGCGGGCCAGUGACUGCGUCGGCCUGGGAUCAGCUUUAAGGUCUCAGGACUCAGCAGGCCUGGAGAGAUCAGAGGGGGCUUCUGGGAGUGUUCGCAGCCUCGCCGCUAUGCUGGAAACAUCCAUCGUUGGUGGAGCCAGAACCCUGCCCAAGAAUCUGGGAGGCAGCACCAGCUACUUACAGGUGAGUCCGCCUGUACUUCGCCGGCAGCCAGGUGCAGGCGGUCUUGGAUCUGAGGAUGAUGAUGUCUUAAGUCGCCGUAGGACCAUCAGUGGACCAGAGGGCCUCCCUGGUGAUCAGAUCGACCUGUUACCACGGCAACCAGCCAAGCAACGUCCAGAGCCUCGGCCUCGCUCCACCGUGGUCUCCUCGGCAACAGAAAUCACAGACGGCACAGCAACGCUACGACGGAGGCCGCGUCCUCUGCCCUCGGACUCUGAGGCACCUCAGUCAGUCGAUGCCAAUGCCGUUACCACGACAACAGGCUCCGACACCAUACGCAGGAGGCAGCGCACCUCUGACCAAACAGAGAGUGUCAUUCAAAGCAAUAACCAAUUGGGCUCCCCCGGCAGUCAAACUGACAGUAGCUGGAAAAACGGCGGCGACCCGCAGCAGAACGGCGGCGUGGUCCUGAGGCGGAGGCCUGUGUCCGAUGUCUCCGAUAAGACGGAGGCCAACAGAGACAGCUGUGAGUGGAUGGAGGCUAGGAAGUCUCUGAAGCCGCCGGUAUCACCCAAACCGUCCACAGUCACCCUGAGGAAGGCACAAGCUGACCCCCCGACCCCAACUCGCAGGGUCCCCAUACCCGGGCCUGAUAGCACCGAGACGGCACAGAGCCCUGAACCGAAGCGCGUCCCUCCUCCCGUGUCCCCGAAACCCCGCGGGCCUCCAACAGCACCUAAACCAGGCAAAGGAAUAGUAGCUUCGGCCUCCGGUAGCCCGAGUCCUGCUGCCACCAGCCCAGCUGCAGCCAGCCCCACCCCAAACCCCAAAGCCUCCUCUCCGCUCUCUGCCUCCCCUCUUCCAGCCCCUGACACCCCCUCUGCUCCCUCCCUCUCUCCGGGACUCCCUCUUACUUCCCCCUCUCCGGCCCAGAGUCCCUCCACGCCCUCCCCGCACCCGGUCAAACCUCCCCGCUCCUCCAUCGCCGGCCUCUCCAUUGACCUGCUGGGUGUACGGGAGGCGGAGGAGGAAGAGGAGAGGAGGAGAGAGGAAGAGGAGAGGAGGAGAGAGAGGGAGCACAAGAGGCAAAAGGAGCAGGAGGAGGAGAGGAAGAAAGCCGAGGAGGAGAAUCUGAGGGAGCUGGAGAGUCAAGUAGAGGAAGUAGAGCAGGAGGAGGAGGUGCAGCAUCGUUUGGAGGAGACCAGCGCCUCCUUGGCUGCAGCUGUGCAGGCUGUUGAACAUAAAAUCAAAGAGGAGGACACACAAAAUGACAAAAAGGCUACAGUCUCCAUCUUGGACGACAUCGGCAGCAUGUUUGACGACCUGGCAGACCAACUGGAUGCAAUGCUCGACUGAUCCGCUGCCAUCAUCUCCAACAAGCCCUUUAUCCCCCCCAUCAUGUGUAGGUGUAUCAAGAAAACUCUCCCAAGGCUCGAUGCUGGUGCUCUUAGAGUGUGUGUGUGUGUGUGUGUGUGUGUGUGUGUGUGUGUGUGUGUGUGUGUGUGUGUGUGUGUGUGUGUGUGUGUGUGUGUGUGUGUGUUUGAGCGCUUGUCCCUCCUGCGUGAGCGCUUCUCAUGUAGCCUUGUACAGUAAUACUGAGGAGGGAGUCCUCUUCGUCUGGCGCAGUAGCUCUAGUACGCCUCCCCCAUUGCGAGGAGGCCGCUCCCACACAACCUCUGACCUCUGCACCCCAGCGAGUCAACGCCGCCGCCUCCGCCCAGCCUUGGAUGGCUCUGUGGACCCAGAAGCACAAUCAUUCUCCUCAUCCUUCUAUCUCUACAGACUCUGACAGAGACGCUAACUCCGUCAGAGAAAGGGAGGCGAACAGAUAAGCAUAUUGCUUGCAACAAAAAAAAAAUAAGCACACAAACUGACUGACAGGCAGAUGGUUAGAUAGAAAGAUAGACAAGAUGCAAACGGAUGAGAUACCGGAAGAGAGUUUUUAAAAAGCACAUGGAAAGACAGGCCGCUUUCUGAGUCUGUCCCACUCCCUGGGAUGCGUUUUUCCAGAUGAAUCGUAGCCUCUAUUUCUCUUCUGUGUGAGUGGAGGAUUGUGGCUAGCCGGACUUCCUGACCUGUGUGUGUCGUCUCUCUUCAUGUCGUUGUUGUUGCCGUUGUUGUUAUUGUUGCCGUUGUUGUCGUUACGAGUGUGUGUGUAGUCCCUGCUGAUGCUCAUGUCAAUUGUCCUCCCACUCGUACAGUAGUUAUUCUAAUGAUCAGAACGACAAUAUAGAUGUGUGUCCAUGAAUUUUGAGACACUCGCACACACAAACACACAUACACACACACGCACCCACACUACAUUGGUUUUAAACUUGCUGGUGUUCUGCUUUGUUGGUGUUUAGCUCCAUCUAUGGAGGUUUGCUUGGAAAUGAAUCUACACAUUUACACACAUACAUUUACAUGCAAAGACACAUAUAUAUAUAUAUACAAGCACACUCAUGCUGUGUUUCCUCUUGUCCUGCUGCAGUGAACAGUGUUUUUAAAAGAUAAUCCUAUAUUUCAAUGCUUUAUAUAGUACAUCCAGUAUACAUAGAGUUUAUAAUAUACCUGGGUAUUUCAGCUGUUAGAGCUCCCUCUAGUGUUGGUUUAGUGAAACUAAUCUGCUCCACCUUCGAUCUUGUCUCCCCCUCCUUUUUAUCUCUGUCUGUGUCAGUUUUGUUAACUCUGCAUCUCUCUGUGCCUUGGUAGUGUUUGUUCAUAUAUUCAAAAUAAUUUUAGAUUUUUUUUUGUUUUCCAUUCAAACAUCUUUAAUGUUUUGUUUUUUCUCUGGUUCCUUACGUUCCUUAUGUGUCUGUGAUGUCAAAAGUAGCUUUAAAGGUUGAGUUGUGAGUCUUAUAUGAUCCCCUAAAAUCAAUCACCCUGUCUGCAGUCCUCCUGUAACCAUUAAGAAGCCUUGUACGAGCCCAUAGAAGCCCCCUCUGUACGCUGUAUUAAAUUGGCUCUGCUCCUCCUCGGCUCCCCAGUUUUUCCGUGGUCCCCCAUGUAGGCCAGACAGUGGAUCAACCACCAGUGUCCAUCCCAAUGAAGAGUCCACUUGUAUUUUUAUGCUCCUUAAAAACAAAGAUAUAUUUGAGAGACAGAUGGUUCUAUGUGAAUAAUAAUAAUUAUAAUAAUAAUAAUGAUGAUAAUUAUAGACAUUGAAUUGAGGUGAGCUGAUUGAGCCUGUACAUUUAUGGUUGAGUUCUGGAUGUGUUGUGACGGCUGUUGUGCCAUG